AUGCAAUCGGCUAACAUAAUAAAAGAUUGUAUUCCUGAGGUUAAUCUUAUCAAGACUGAUCCAGGAAUUAUAAAAAUUAAUAAAGAACGAAUUUCAGUCCAUAGUCAUAUCAAGGGUCUCGGCGUACAUUCUUCCAUAUUUAAUAUAGAUACUUCGGUGGUUAAUUUACCAGAAAAGGCUGGAACAAAACUCUUGAAAGAUUAUGAAAAUUGUUUUGAUUCAGGAUGUGGACUUAUUGGACAAUUUAAGGCCAGAGAAGCUGCUCUCUUGGCUGUAGACAUGAUUAAAUCAAAGAAAAUGGCAGGAAAAGCCCUCCUUCUUGCUGGUCCAAGUGGAAGUGGUAAGACAGCACUUGCUAUGGCAAUAGCUAGAGAAUUGAGUGCAAGUAUCCCGUUUACAAUAUUAUCAAGUACAGAGGUGUUUAGCAGUGAAGUGAAGAAAACUGAAAUACUCAACGAAGCCUUUCGUAAAUCCAUUCACAUUCUACUAAAAGAUGAAAAACAGAUAUAUGAAGGUGAAGUUACAGAAUUGGUUGCCGAAGAGACCGAAAAUCCAAGUGGAGGUUUUGCAAAGUGUGUUAGUGCCGUUGUUGUUACUUUGAAGACGGUAAAGGGCUCAAAAACUUUGAGAUUGGCCCCUCAAAUUCACGACCAAUUUGUUAAGGAAAAGAUUACUGUUGGGGAUGUUAUCUAUAUUGAGUCGAUUUCAGGCCAAGUGAGAAGAUGUGGUAGAUGUGAUGCUUAUGCAACAGAAUUUGAUCUGGAAAUUGAGGAAUAUGUUCCGUUACCGAGAGGUGAUGUCUACAAGAAAAAAGCCCUUGUACAACAAGUCUCUCUUAACGAUCUGGACAUUGCAAAUUCACAACCAACGGGAGGCAACGAUAUUUUGUCCAUGAUGAACCAGUAUUUGAGACCUAAAAAAACUGAAAUUACUGAAAAGUUACGUUUAGAAGUUAAUAAGGCUGUGAAUAAAUACAUUGAAAUGGGAAUAGCAGAAGUUAUACCAGGGGUUGUAUAUAUCGACGAAGUUCACAUGUUUGAUAUUGAGUGUUUCACAUAUUUAACAAAGGCCAUUGAAUCCCCGUUGGCCCCUAUUGUCAUACUAUCCACAAAUAGGGGGAUUUCUACUGUACGUGGGACUGAUACUAUAGAACCGCAUGGAAUGCCAACUGAUUUAUUGGAUAGGCUCCUGAUCAUAAAGACGGUCCCCUACACACUCCAUGAGGUAAUACAGAUAUUGAGGUUGCGUGGAAAUAUAGAGUCCGUUCCGGUGGGUGAGGACGCUUUGAAAAAACUUGGAGAGAUAGGAAUUAAUGCUAGUUUGCGUUAUUGUAUGGGUUUGAUAGCACCAGCUAAUAUUUUAAGAAAGGUUGAAGACAAACCUAUGAUUGAAUCUAAACAUAUUGAGGAAGCUGACUCACUCUUUAUGGAUGCUAAAACUUCGGCCCACAGAGUAGCACAACAGUCCAACAUGUUCAUUUCAUAA